AUGCGUGGUAAAGUUUUGUUUGCACUCCUCGGAUGCCUUCUCCUCUCAGGAGUUUUCGCUGAAGAUGUUGUUGAUGGAGAAAUUAAUGAUGAAGCUACCAAGGAAGAUUUCGAGGGAGUUGGAUCUUCCCCAGAUGCCACAGUCUCAUUUGUUUUCACCCAACCAGAAGAUGCUAACACUGUCAAAGAACUUUACGGAGGAAAGUACGUUAAAUUCUUGAUUGGAUUCAGAAAUAAGGGAGAGAAGGACUUCAUCGUUAAGCACUCUGAAACCUCUUUCCGUUAUGCUCUCGACUACAACUACUACAUUCAAAAUUUCACCGCUGGACAAUACAACCGUCGUGUUGCUCCCAAGGAGGAAGUUACCCUUGAUUACGUUUUCUUCGCCCAUGAUUCUUUCGCUGGACGACCACUCGGACUUGUUGUCAAUGUACAUUAUGAAGACGCCGAAGGAAAAUACUUCAUCAACAAUGUCUUCAACCAAACCGUCAAUGUCUUAGAAGAUGACUCUGGAUUCAACACUGAGACAGGAUUCCUCUACCUUCUCUUCGCUGGAAUCGCUGUUGGACUUCUCCUUGUUGGACAACACUACUUGAACAAACUCUCAAGAAAGACUGGUCUCCAAAAGAGACGCGUUGUGGAACAGGGAACCAAGAGCAGCUCCGAAGUUGAUUAUGAAUGGAUUCCAAGAGAUCUUAUCAAGCAAACCGACAAGAAAUCACCCAAGCCAGUAUCACCCAAGACCCGCAAAGCCAAGAAGGCCGAAUAA